AUGGCCAGCUCCGUCGACUCCACCGACACCCCCUACCGGUACGCCGGUUACGCCAACCGCAUCCGCACAAUCCUGCUCUCCGCGCACCGCUACGUUGCCUACACCUCCGACAUAGGCGAGUCGUUCCGCCCCGUCGCACACCCCUACCUCGUGCGCGCCGCCUACGGCGUCUCCUGGACGUACCUGAUCGGCGACGUCGCCCACGAGGGCUACAAGGCCUACCUGCGCAACCAGCACGCCCUGGCCCCGCCCGGCGAGGCCUACAAGGACGCGAGCCACCUCUCGCCCGACCAGGUCGUGCGCGGCAUGGCGACGGGGACCAUGGGCGCGGCGGUGCGCGGCACCACCACCACCAACGCCAAGACCAGCGACAGCGGCGCCGAGCUCGCCCCCUGGCCUACGGCCCGCAUCCCCCUCCUCGAGGACUACCGGGUGGUGAUGGCGAAGCGCGCGAUCUUCCAGAGCCUGGCGAGCAUGGGCCUGCCGGCGUUCACGAUCCACUCGGUGGUGAAGUACUCCGGCCGGAUGAUGAAGAAUAACAAGAGCGUGUUUGUGCGCACAUGGACGCCGAUUGGUCUCGGCCUCGCCGUCGUCCCUUUCCUCCCCUACAUCUUCGACGAACCCGUCGACGAAGCCGUAAACUGGUCUUUCAAGACCGCCAUCCGCGCCUACGCCGGCGACGACGCUGUCCGGCCCCUCCCCAUCACCAGCCACGCACACACGAGCCCCGAAGAAGCCGCCGUGUUGGACGCCUAUCUCAAGACGCAGGGCGCCGACGUGGGCGCCGGCGCCGCGGCGGAGAAGAAUGUCUCCUGGGAUGAGUAUAAGGCUGAGCGGCGGAGGGCGAAGGAGGAGAGGCAGAGGGAGCGCGAGGCGGGUGGGGAGGCCGGGCCGUUAGCGUGGUUGGGGUGGAGGGGGGAGUCGAAGCGGAAGACGGAGUAG